AUGGCGGCUGGCCGUGGCCAUGAUGCUAUUGUCAAGCUAUUGAUCGAAAAAGGCGCGAGUGUUAACCUGAAAAAGGCCCCUGGAUACCCUUUGGUGAUUGCUGCGUCCAACAACAGGAAAGCUGUGGUCAAAGUUCUACUUGAAAAAGGUGCGGAUUCUAACGCCCGGCGAGAUGAUAGCACAACAUCUCUCCACAUUGCAGUGAUGAGGGGGUGCAGUGAUAUCGUCAGCAUGCUUCUGAAUAAGGGUGCCGACACAGAUCUGGGCGAUAACACAGGCACUACUCCACUUCAUACAGCAGUAUGGAAAAAACACUGCAAAAUCACCCAGCUCUUACUAGAAAGAGGAGCAGCCGUGGGCUCCCGAGACUCUUAUGGACGCACUGCGCUGGACAUAGCCAUGACACACGGCUCUCAGCGAUCGCUGUCUCUGUGUCUGAAGCAUGCGAAAAUAAAUGCUCAGGAUUGCCAGCCGCUGCAUCCUGCCAUAUCUCUGAACAAGACCGCUGUUGUCAGAUGGCUUCUCGAAAAUGGUGCCGACAUCAACCGCAAAGAUUCAAGAGGCCAAACUCCUCUGCUCUAUGCUAUGCUGGAGGCACAUGACCAUCUCGUCGAACUUCUGUUGCUUUACGAUGUGGACCCCGACGCCGAAAGAUACGACGGGCUGACACCGUUGAAGUUAGCCAGUGAAAUAAACCGGGAAGAUUGGGCGCAAAAACUGAGGGCGAAGCGUGAUAAACACAAGUACCGCAGUCAUAGUCUCCAUUCGACUUCCUGA